GACAAACCAGAGUCCAGGUGUUGUCGUAUUUCGGUGGCGGGAAGAAAAAAUGGCCACCGAGCAGACUUACACCUGGUGGCAGCAGGGUGACAAAGAUGAUGACGAUGUGAACUAAGUCAUCUAAUCGUGCGAGCUAGGAGUGUGACACACAGACGUCGGGGUGAUGAAAAAUUGAGGAUGUUUGUGCUCCUCGAGGAAAAGGCAGUUUUGUGGAGCGAGCGUGAAGAGAGAGUGAGCUGUGUUUGGGGAAUUAACGAAUCAUAAUGGACCAUGAAAAAAUAUUGAUUCGGCGAUUGUGAAGAAAAAAAGCCAAAAGAAGAACCUUUCCAAAGGUAAAGCGAAAUUAAUUUAGUGUAGUGAAAAACUACGGUGACGAUUUAUCGCGGUGCAUCGAAAUCAAGUGCAAGAUCGUGAAGUGGGGUAGUUUAGGGGUAGAAGAAAAAACAAGGAAAAAAUACCAUUGCUCAAUCAAACGCGAAGUGAAAGCUCCGGCGGCUCCUCCGCUGUUGUACAACGAAGGCAGAUCGAUCCACCUAAAAGGCAGCAGCGAUUGCACGGCUUCAGGGCGAUGAAGGUUCGGUGGAAGGCCGUCUAAAAUGUGCUUGGAUCACUUGCUGAAGGUACAUUACACACAACAUUAGUUUGUUGAGGUUUACACAACUUAGUUAUAUUUAUGGUGAUGCAGACGACAAAUAUUUUGCAGCAAGGACAGCAGCCUCCACCACCACCACCGAAAACACCACUAUCGUCAUCACCAAGUAGAGGACGCAGAAGAAGAAGAAAAACUAGAAUUACCGAUCCCGGAAGCCGUUCCGUCGCCGCCGCCGCCACCACCAGUUCCACCGGGAGUGACCGGAGAGGGAGGUGGCGCCGCGCCAAGUGGUCCGCGAGGUCCACCGGAUCAGCUGGAUGGAAGUGGAGUAGGAGGGCUGGGAGGAGGGCCCUCUCGGCAGUAUGCACCGCUUCCGGAACACGUUCACUAGGUCCAGGACCCCGACUGGUGCGGAGAUGAAAACCCAGAGCAGUCUCGAAGUUCCAAAGCAGGUUCGUUCAGCAUCGUUCGACGAGAUCCAGCUCGAAGCCCAGCGGGCGAAUCAGUUUCUAAAGGUGCACCAGAGUUCGGCGGACGAACCGCUUUCGCCGGGUUUGGGGUUGCUGCAAGUUCCACAAGUUCCGGGAGCCGGCCAGCGGUCGCGAAGUUUCGAUCUAACUGGGGCCGGAGGUGAAGAAGCGCACGCAGCGGUUGCCGCGGCCUUUCUUGACGUGCCAAAGCGCUUCCAGCGGCGCAAAUCCAGCUCGAAGACCCCACCGCCGUGCAUCCACUGUUUGUACCUGGAGGAGUACCGGCGGCUUACCGGAGUCGACCAGCGCCAGUACUACGACAACAGUGAGUACCAAACGCUCAGCUACACUUCAUCCUCGUCGGACGAAGACGAAGACGACGACGACGACGAGGACGAGGAAGACGACGACCAGGACGAAGAUCCGGACGACGAUCGACCGGGCGAAGAGGAUCCCGGGGAGGACUUCGACUUUACCUUCCCAGGAUGCAACGUCCAGUGCAAUACUCUGCUGCCACCACCGCUGGUGUCCCCGUGCGGGAUCACCUUCACCCUUUCGCCCACCAACGGAGAUGACAUCGAAGAUGGCGGCGUCGACCCGGAAGUCCUGCCGGAAAUCGGCCCAAUCCUGCCGCCGCCACCCAUGUUCGACACGCCAUCGUACCCGCCUCUUCCACCGUUCGCCCUGGGUUCACUCCCGAUCGGGUCACCACCGAUCACCCCCUGCUCAGCGUACCCCCCUCCGUCCCCGACGAUCGAAGUGCCUCCCUGUUCGCCUUCCGCGGACGACCCCCCAGGAGCGGGUGCCACCCGAACCCGUCGACGAUCCAUCUCCCGCCAGGAGGCGAUCUUCGUCGAACCGACCGGCAACUCGCUCGAAAACGUCUCGUCCGCCGAACCCACCACCAACCAAGACAUCAACAUCAUCGUGCCGGACGAUCCGGAUGAAGCGGCCGCCAGCAGCAGCCGGAACCAGUCCUGUGAAUCCGUCGACCAAUCCGUCGACUACAAUGACAAUCAGCACCAGUUCCACCAGUACCACCUGCCGCGGCCAUCGUUGCCGGCUGCCGUCGCGGCGGACUUUGUCCGCGAUAUCUACCUGCAGGUGCCGGACCUCAAGCGGGACCGGGCCGCCUCGGUGGACUCGUGCUUCACGAAGGUGACGGGCGCGAAAACCGAAGAGGUGAAGCCUCCGGAAGGGGAGCUGACGCUGCUAGCGGUGCCCGGCAGCGGCGCGAUCCGGUCCCGGUCGGUGGACAUUGUGCUGCCGACCGAGGAGCAGGCACGCUACAAGGCACUCGCACUAGCGGGGACGACGGCCGCCGGGGCGGUCAGCGCGGGCGCCAAGGGCAUAUUUUCUCUUCUUUUCCCGAAAACCAGUGCCGAUACCCACGGUCGGCAGAUCCGGUGCACGCCAGACUGGAGCGAGAAUGCCGUGUCCGGGGACCACCUGUGGGUGCCGACGUCAGUGUCCGGUGACUGCUGCUACCUGGGCGACAGCGAUUGCACGAAGCACGGUCCCAGGAUGAAGUGCUCGGCGUGCAAGAUCAUCACCCACGCGAGCUGCAUCUCGGCGCUGAUGGAGCGAACGCAGCUGCAGUGCAAGCCCACCUUCCGGGACGUCGGCGUCCGGCAGUACCGGGAACAGACCAAGACGACCCACCACUGGAUCCACCGGCGGACCGAGAAGGGCAAGUGCAAACAGUGCGGCAAGCAAUCGGAUAAUCACUACUUAAAGGUAACCGUACCUCGUCUGAUGCGAAUGUCACUCCAAGCGAAGCUCUCGUUUAGUUCUAAGGAAAUUGUUGCUUUAUCAUGUGCCUGGUGUAAAUCAUCAUAUCAUAACAAGGAAGCGUGCUUCAACCCGGAACGGAUCGGCGAGGAGUGCACGCUAGGAACGCACCGCAGCAUCGUGGUGCCACCGUCGUGGAUCGUCAAGCUGCCGCGCAAGGGCAGCUUCAAGUCGUCGCUGCGAAAGUCCACCCAGAAGAAGAAGAAGGCCGGCAAGAAGCCGUCGGUGCCGAAGGAGCCGCGCACGUUCGUCAUCAAGCCGAUCCCGACGGCGAACCUGACGCCGGUGCUGGUGUUUAUCAAUCCGAAAUCGGGCGGAAAUCAAGGUGCCAAAUUGCUUCAAAAGUUCCAGUGGUUGCUGAACCCACGGCAGGUGUUCGAUCUGACGCAAGGGGGACCAAAAAUGGGGUUGGAGAUGUUUCGCAAGGUGCCCCAGCUGCGGGUGUUGGCCUGCGGUGGCGACGGAACCGUCGGUUGGGUUCUGUCCGUGCUGGACCAAAUUAACUUUGUGCCUCCGCCGGCGGUGGGAGUGCUUCCGCUGGGAACCGGAAACGACCUGGCUCGAGCCCUCGGAUGGGGUGGUGGCUACACGGACGAACCGAUCGGGAAGAUUCUGGACAACAUCGGCGACUCGGACACGGUGCUGCUGGACCGGUGGAACCUCAAGGUGGAGCCAAAUCCGUCCGUGCAAAACGCCGAUCCCGGCAAGGACAACCUGCCGCUGAACGUGGUCAACAACUACUUCUCGCUGGGCGUCGAUGCCCACAUCGCGCUGGAGUUUCACGAGGCGAGAGAGGCCCACCCGGAAAAGUUCAACUCCCGGCUGCGGAACAAGAUGUUCUACGGCCAGGCCGGCGGCAAGGACCUGCUCAAGCGCAAGUGGAAGGGCCUGGCCGAGUUUGUGACGCUCGAGUGCGACGGCAAGGACCUGACACCGAAGCUAAAGGAGCACAAGGUGCACGCGAUAGUAUUCCUCAACAUUCCAAGUUAUGGCGGUGGAACCCACCCGUGGAACAAGUCCGGUGGCCAGUACGAGCCGGCCACCGACGACGGCAUGAUCGAGGUGGUCGGACUGACCACGUACCAGUUGCCGCUGCUGCAGGCCGGUGGCCACGGGACGUGCAUCGCCCAGUGCAAGUCGGCGAAGAUUGUCACGUCGAAAACGAUCCCGAUGCAGGUGGACGGCGAAGCGUGCAAGCUGAAGCCGUCCCUGAUCGAGAUGACCCUGCUGAACAAGGCUGUGAUGCUGGCGAAGCGAAAGCCCGGAAGGGCCAACGUGCUACAAGAAAAGCAAGAAUCUCUCAACAUAACGCUGCUGAAGAUCAUGAUGGCGGACUACGAGCAGAACCACUACGACAAGGAGCUGCUGAAGCAGGCCGCCGUCAAUCUGGGCACGCUGGACGUGCCCGUGACGGAUCUGGAGCAGGUGCGCGUCCUCAUCAACCGGUACUGCGAGGAGCAGCCGGACGCGCCCAAGCUGUCGCCGGACUGGUGCUUUAUCGAUUCCUGCACGGCCGAGCGCUUCUUCCGGGUGGACCGGGCGCAGGAGAAUCUCCACUUCAUCACCGACAUCGCCACCGACUGCAUCUUCGUGCUGGACCAGGAGUGUCCCACCCUGCCCCAGACGCCCGAGGACGAAAACGGCAGCAGCGGCGGCGGUGGCCAACUGUCCGCCCUGCCGUCCCACCUGAGCAGCGUCGAGUCGAGCGAUCGGGACUCGCGGGACGGUACGCCCCAGUCGCCGGGCGGCGUCAAAUUCUUCCAGCGGUCACUGUCGGGACCGGGCUCGGGAAGCGCCUCGGAUUCGCUAUCGCCGGCCGUAGACAUUCCAUCGAGAAAGAGUUCCCAGGGCUCGCAAGGUUCGCACGGGUCGCACGACAGUCCACGUGGCGCGGAUGAUCGACCCGCCACCGGAGGAACGCUCGGCAAUGGCCAGAGUCUGGACCAGCUAGUCAACUUCAAGAGCUUCCACGAGCGAUUGUUCGGGUUGAAUGAAGAUGCCUUCGGAUUCAGCAAUCUGCUGGAGAAGACGACGGACGCGAUAAUUAAGGCGGCAAAAACGGGCGAUCUCGUGAUGCUAAAGGACCUCCACAUGCAGGGCUACUCGCUGCUAUCGAUCGACUCCAGCGGCCAGACGGGCCUGCACUACGCGUCCCGGUACGGCCACAAGGAGAUCGUGCGCUACCUGAUCUCGUACGCGCCCAACACCAUCAUCAACAUGAUCGACAACGAAACCGGCCAAACGGCCCUCCACAAGGCGGCCCUGACGAAGCGGCGCAGCAUCUGCUACAUGCUGGUGGCGGCCGGCGCCAGCCUCAUCAUCCAGGACAACAACGGCCGGACGCCGAAACUCCUCGCGCUCGAGGCCGAGGACCGCGAGCUGUCCGGCUACCUUGAAAACCAAGAACAGUUCCAGCUCGCCGACUACCAGGCGAGUGCGUGAGACAGGCGUCCUCCGCCGCCGUCGUACCCACCCCCACCGGUCCCGUCGUCGUCGUCCUCAUCCUCAUCGGCGGCCAGCCGCCGGCAGUGUUCCUUCUCCUAGCCGCUGUGUGGUGUCCUGGUCGAGAACCUGCGGGACUGCGUCCUGUCCUAGAAAGCGGUUUGCUUUGUUUUUUUCGUUGUUUUAUUUUUCGUUUAACGUUCAAGAAAGGGAAAAGGGAAGGAAAGGCCACUUUCGGGUGAUUGUUCAUUGUUAUUUAUUGCUAUAAACACGGUACACUUAGCUGUUAGCGAAUGGUUUUAGGUUAAAGCUAUAUAUCUUUUAUAACUACUAUUACAAAUAUUCAAGCGAGCUGCACUGAAAGUUCCACUAUAUUUACAUUUCGCUGAAAAACUGAAACUCGAUUGACUGCGGAAAUCGUGCAGAGCUAGUGCGAACCAUAUUCUGAGGAGGAAUUCGCUGGGAAAACUGCAUUUACUGUCAGAAAUUAGGCCUUUUUCGGAAUCAGAUAUUCAUUCAAACAUUUUUAUUUUUGAAGAGUUUGCUGCAUAAUAUUUAAAACUAUUCUUCUUCAAAAUGUUAAAAAAAAAAUCAUCAAAACCAAUCGUACUAAAGAUUGAGUAUUAAAUUGUUUCUCUCGAUCAGUUUUGGGUUAAUUUUAUUAGAAUUUGGAGCAUUUAACUCAAUUAUUAGUGGUUUCGCUCAGAUGUCAGAUUUGCAGAUAAUCAACAUUGGUUGCAGACAUUUUACUGACAUUUUUGAAAUAUAUGUUGCUUUGAUUUGAACCUUCUGGAAAUAAACCAUUUGUCAGAUUUGGAUGAAUAUUACUCAUAAUCACAUGAAAAAUAAGUAAGUUCUCCUAUAUCUGAGAAUUCAACGUAAAUAGAGUGAAAUUCAACCAGAUCUGAGUGAAAUAUACUCAGAUCUGACAGAUCCUUAUUUACUCAUUUUUGACUAGGUUUGGUUUUAACGAAAACUGAGUGAUUUAAAUGUGCAUGCAGCAAACCAGGGUUGUCAGCUUGCUAAAUCAUUCUGGAAAUGUCAGAUUUUUGACAAAUUUUUGAAUUAAGGCAAAAAAUAAAAAAAAAAGCUUUGAAUUGUUUUACAAUUUGAUCGAUAAGUAGAAUAAAAUCGGUUUAAUUUUUUGUAGAUCAGGAACAAGUGAAUAAAUCUAGACUCUAAAAAACUAAUAUUGACGCAGUUUUCGCAGCGUUUUCCUCUAAAUAAAGAAAACAAAGAAGAAAACACUACAAAACAAUCACAAGGGUUAAAUUAAGGCAAUUUCUCUAGUCAAAUUGUGUUAACAAAUGGGUUUAAUUAAUCAUCAAAUAUUCUAUACACAAACACACUCACUAAAACACACAAAACAGCCUCACAUUUAUACAUCGACAUCGGCGUGGGAGCGGUAUCGUCCAGGACACCGCAAUGGGGAAAGUUAGAAGUGGGGUAAUCGGGGACAUUAAUCAGCAAAUUAGAAGCCAGCUGCGUAGCAGCGCCCCAGUGAGCGAAAAACGGCGAAUCUCAGCGUGCGCGCACUAAUUUGUGUGCGACCAGUGAAAAAGAAACGGCGCGGAGGACAAACAUAAAUCAAUCAAAACGUCUCGAAAAAAAAUAUGCGAACGAAUUAAGAAAGCGACGUCAGGUGGCGUGGAUUUUGACGCGAGACACAGUUGCCAGUUGUUUUUGCACCGGGGUGGAAUCUUUCGGAAGAAAUUUUUUGAUUUUUGUUUAUUUUUGAACUUUAUUCAACCCUUUAAAAAUUAAUAACAUAUCACGAAACAAAGGCUUACCAUCGAAUUUAAAGGGCGAGUAGCGCUCGCCGAACCGUUGUUCCUCGUGCUACGGCAUUUAUCGUUGACCCCCUCUUAUCCUCUCAAUUGUUACGUUUCAAUUUAGUCACACGUGUUUAUCUUCGAGCAAAAUAUAAACAUCAACUUAGAUAGCCAUUUUGAAAGAUAAGUACCGUUGUAAGAGGACGGAAUCGAAGUGGGUAAAAUCGUAGCUAGUGAUAUUCCAAAGUUUGACCAAAAACGGAGUUCAAGCGCUAAAAAAUAUCUCUUUCUCACUCCAUCUUCCAAGCAAAAGGAUGCAACCCUCUGACGGAAUCCAAAAAAGGGAAGAAUAACAAAUAACAACAAUAUAAAAGACUUGGCCAUCAGCAAAAUAUUAGAGGGAAAUAAAACGCAGUAAGAAAAAUUUAGCGUGUUUGGGUGAGUAUGAUAAAAAAAAGCAUCGAACAAACACAACAAACAAAACAAACAUUCUCACCACUUGUACAAGUAAGUUUAACUUACUAUUUACGAAAUUGGAGGCUCAUCUCAUCACAAUGAAAUGGAUAAACCCCGUUUGUUGCUGUAGAAAUUGGAGGCGUGCGUGGAAUCGUUGGUUGAGCAGAGGUUGUUUCUGAUUUUUCGAGGUUAUUCGAAUUGUUUCAACUUUGAAUUCCUGUUACUCGAGAAGUAUCAAAAUUACCUUGAGUUGUUUGGUUUUUUCCGUGUUAAGUUUUCUAAGGAACAAAAUUAUUUUUAAAUUUUCAAAAUUAAAAUUGAGGUUAUUUGAAAAAAUGCGUUAUUCGCAUUUGAAUUUGUUUUUCAAGUCAACUUACCAAAACAAAAACAAAAGAGAGCCGAACCAACCAAUCGAUUCACGAAUCGCGAUAGUUUGAAUGUGUGCGUGCGCGAGCGAAGAGAGCGAGCGAGAACAGCGUGAAACAAGAGACCAGGAGAGAGCGAAUGAGCGCAUCAAAGCAGAGAGCGCGAAAAUGCUUUGUUUUUCAAAAGCAAUUUUCUGACGUUUCGUUUCAAAGUUUUCUAGCUGUUGAUAACUUCUUUUUUUUCUUCUAAAUUAUUUAUUUCUUUUUAAGCUUCGACUGUUACAAAUCGAACGGAACUAUGUGCCCUUAAAGUGAACGCUAAAAGUUACAACUGAGAAAAAGUUUAACCUUUUUUAGUUUGUUUCCACCUUUUCUAGUUAAAUCAAUUGGAGAGUUUAUCGAGUUUGAUGGGGAAAAAGUUCGCGUUGGAGGAAUGUUUAUUGGGAAAAAUAUAGAAACAAGAAAACUGAUGUCAAUUAUUAACUUUAAAUCGUAGCGAUAGUCGAAAAAACGUGUAAAAAGAAGAACUCUUUGAAAUUUUCUCCAAUCGCUCUAACGUCGUAAAAACCAGAUUUAAAAUAACAAUGAGAAGCAUUACCGCAAAUACUUGAAAUGUGAUUUUUCUGUGAAGCAAACCGUUUGAAUAUAAAAUAGUACUCGUUAACUCCUUUGUACGAUAAAAAUUGUAGCUGUAACAAACACUGAAACAAGUGGUCACGUGAUUUUCUUCGACGUUUCUAACUCGGAAAUCUCCCGCCAUUUUGUACAGUUGUAAAUAUUUAUAUUCGAAAGAAGCAAACUUGAGCUCUCCAGCAUUCCAAACGCAGUUUGGAGCACUGGAAUUAGGGAGACGUUCCCAAAGUUAACUAAAUUGUUAGAAACGUCAAACAAAAUUGAAAUUGUCAUGUCGCGACAAUAGCUUGAUGGAAAGUCUUCGUGCCCCUAGACUUUUCAUGCGAAUUAUUGUCCUAAUUUUGAGGAAGGCAACUGAGAAAAGUUUGAGGUUAUCCACAGCGUGGUGUUUUAUCCACCUUAUCCCUCACGUGCCCAUUCUCAGCCAGUUUGGGCGCGGAAAGGUGGAAAAAAGAGCCCAAUUGUGGACCGGAAUGGAUCAAUUUCGGCCGAACGGAACAAAAAUGUGUCAAAUAUCCUCGCAAAAUAUUGAAGAAAACAACUUUUCUACUAACAAAAAGAUAAAAAGUCAAAUCUAUCAAACUGUAAUUCGUCACUCGACGGACAGAUGGCAGUGUGUGAUAUUCGCGCAAUCUUGCGUGCAAAAAAGUACUGUAAAUAGUUAAUCUUUCUUUUUUCGAAAAAUAAAACCGCUAAUGACAAUCGUCGUCCAAAGUGGACACAACUGCACGUUUCUUUGCGUUAAAUUUAAACAUUUAGUUUGUCCUAAAUAUUCCACAAAAGUUUUUAGAAAGAUUUCACCUCAAAACAACUGGCAGCACUGCUCGUAAAUCCGACGCCACGCGCAACUGACAGCUGUGACAACAAACAAGGAAACGAAUUACCAGUACGACUUUACUGUUAAAAUUGUGAUCUUCAAACCACUUAACACUUAAUAGAUGUGAAUUUUUCCCACUUUUUUCAGUACAGAGAAAAUCGUAUCGAUAGUAAAAUCAGCAACAAAAAAAAAGUUUUUCACUCGUGCACUGUUGCCAAACUAAGCUGUACAUACAAACGCGCACCCAUCACACCAAUACACUCUCACAUUCACACCAACAUCGGUUAACGUGCACUGAAAAGAAUCACACGUUCACAAACACACACUUGGAUUGCAGAAUACUCGUCGAUUUUUGUCCAAUUUUUGAUCAUUCUUGUCACAACAAACUCUCACACACACACACACAUAUGAGGAAUCAAAAUGGUAAACUACAAAACACAAAAGUACCACUAGCACCUACUAGAGAAGCUACGAUAGAAAAUGAGGAAAUAAACAAGAUUUAAAUCAACAACUAAAGUAAAUAAACAAAACAAACUAAAGCAUAUUUAGUGUAAAGAGCUAGGAUAAAGGGUCCAAAUCCGUAGUGAAACCAAAAGAGAACAAACAAAGAAGGGAAAACAAACUAAAAAGAAAGGAAGGGUAAAUCUAGCGAUUCAGAAUUCAGAAAGAUAAACUUUAUUACAAUUUAGUACGUCGUGCUAGUCCCACACACCAUAAUAAAAAGAUAGACAAAAAAAUACCGCAACAACAACUUUUAAACUUGAAGCAAAACAUAUUUUCAUACCGUCAACUAUACGAGCCAGAGAGCUAACCAAAAAAAGAAACAAGAUUAAAAUAUGAUACAAAUCCUAUUUUUUCGACCGCUGUAUUUUGUAACGAGAAAUUAUUUCUCACCAGCAAAAUGUAAACAAAACAAUUCUCUCCCACACGCACACCAAAAAUACUCAGAUUAAGGCUGAACCAAACAUACUCAAAAUUGAGUAGGCGAGGCAAAUGUCAAAAUCUGCGUUAUUUAAAAUGUGCGUGCACAAACACUUGCAAGACACUGAAAAAAAUCAACAACGUAUAACAAAACGAACUACUUACUAAAUCUGAUGGUGCAUAUUGAGCCAACGAUUCCAGAGCAGACUAAAAGUAUCUACUAAAGCGA